AUCAUUAAUAUUUGGCGAUUGAACAGUCAUUCCAUUAAUUCUUCAGCAAUAAAAAGAUAAAAAAACACAAUGAAUCGUUGAACAUAGCGUUCAUUCAUAAACUCCGCAUUACAAUGAGCUAUAAAGGUUGUAGCGCCAUAAAGAGCGUAGCCACGUAGUUAUUACACAACCCCAAACACAAUGAUAAAUCAAAGAUUGGGUUAGUGUUGGCCUUAUGGCUGCAUCCACUUGAGCAACUCCCAUUGACUAGUUACAGUACUCCCCUGUCAUAAACAAAUUGCGUGAGUGAAACCCGGAGGAACUGUCUCCCGAAAAAAAAAACUGUCACCCACUGGAGGGAUAUGUUUAAUUCGCGCAAAGAGUUUCUCUUAAUCUUAACCUAACUAACCUCAGCGACGACGACGAUCUGACGAUUCGACUGGAACGACUGGAACCCAUUGUACCCAGGAGAAAAAAAAAAAUUGACAAGUAAGUAAUCACUCACUUCUAACCAUACCCCGAAGAAAUCCACAAAACGAGUUCACGAAGACGAGGGAGUUGUGCAUUGACCUCAGCACCAGAUGAAUGCAUUAGAGGAUUAAUAAAAGUGCAUAGAAAUUGUUAAUUAAAAAUUCAAAAAAAAACCUGAAAACGAGUAACGAAGAGUUACGAAUAAGACGAUGAGAAUGAAUGAAUCGAUAUGAAAGAAAAAAACCCGCAAUUACCCAUCGACAACACCCGGAAUUCCACAUUGACCUUCACGAUGUCGACGACUCUAGUCCAGCAGUUUGUCCAGCGAUUGAAGUCCCGUCACGAGGAUGUGCGUAAUAAAGCAGCACGAGAUCUCUGUCACUACACGAAAACAGAACUCCGAGAGACUUCCCUGGAGGAGAUCACGUCGUUCAUGGAUGAUUUCAAUCACCACAUCUUCCAGAUGGUCUCAGGGUCGGAUAUGAGUGAGAAAAAGGGAGGAAUCCUUGCGAUAGUCUGCCUCUUAGGGGUCGACGUGGGUAACACCAGCACCAGGACGAUACGUUUUGCCAAUUAUCUGAGGAACCUCCUGCCAUCCUCCGACGUUGGGGUGAUGGAGCUGGCAGCGAAGACAGUUGGAAAAUUGGCACUAGUUUCAGGGACUUACACAGCGGAGUACGUCGAGUUCGAGGUAAAGAGAGCCUUCGAGUGGCUGGGGGGUGACAGAAACGAGGGUAAACGUCAUGCAGCUGUUCUAGUCCUCCGAGAGAUCGCAGUAUCGAUGCCCACGUAUUUCUUCCAGCAGGUCACCCCCUUUUUCGAUUUAAUUUUCAAUGCAGUGAGAGAUCCUAAAGCUGUGAUUCGAGAGGGGGCUGUCGAGGCCCUAAGAGCUGCCCUAGUGGUAACAGCCCAACGAGAGACAACUAAACAGAUGCACAAGUCCCAGUGGUACAAGCAGUGCUACGACGAGAUAAUCGCUGGCUUUGAGGAUGUCUACAGCAGGGAAAGAGGCUUCAAUCGGGACGACAGAAUUCACGGAUCCCUCCUGGUACUCAAUGAGCUCCUCAGGUGUAGUAACGUUCUGUGGGAGAAGAAGUACGAGGAGCUUAUGGAGAGGCUCGCUCUCUCCAAUCCUGAGAAUUACAAUGACAUCCUCGUGCUGAUGCCCCGAUUAAAAACCAUUAUUGUAUCCAAGAGGUCUGGAUGUGCCAACAGGUCAGCCACUGAUGGCAUCUACAACGACAUUAUCAAUGGCACUGGAAAUAAUCAAAGUGUAAUCACCGGUGGAAAUUCCACGACUCAGUACUCUCAUUGUCUCUAUCCAGUGCACGAGUCAGCUGCUUGCAGACAACUCAUGCAGGAGAGAUUCGAUGACGUUUACAUGGAUAUUUUGAACCAGAGACUAUCGAAAAAUCCUCACAUCCAACAUGCCUUGAUGACGCUACUACCUAGACUGGUGGCUUUCAACACUGAGAAAUUCACGAAGGACCACCUCAGAGACAUUCUCAAUUAUUUGCUGAUUGUCCUGAGGGGACGAGAAAAAGACCGUUACGCCGCUUUUAUGACGAUUGGUUUGAUAUCAGUGGCUGUUGGUGAAUCCAUCAAGCCAUAUCUCCCGAAGAUUAUGGAGGUGAUAAAGGGGAGUCUACCCUCGAAGGAAACGCCAAAUAAAAAGAGGGGAGCCCCCCUGGAGCCGGCGGUUUUCAUCUGCAUCACCCUGCUGGCGCAUGCUGUGAAGCAGGCCAUCAGUGCUGAUGCCAAGGAUUUGUUGGAGUCGAUGCUGGCAACUGGGCUGAGUCCCAUUUUAACGACUUCCCUGAGGGAACUGGCCCACAAUGUUCCCUCCCUCAAGCUUGACAUUUCUCAGGGACUUUUGAGAAUGCUCUCCCAGGUAUUGAUGCACAAGCCCCUUCGUCAUCCAGGUGCCCCCUGGACCGCCACCAGCCCCAGUGGCAUUCUCGCUGCACCUCCAUCAGAGCCUAUGGACGUGCCCUCCACUGUUCUCGCUCUACGCACCCUGGGGACUUUCAAUUUCGAUGGGAAUCCACUCCUGCAAUUUGUGAGGCGAUGUGCUGAUCAUUUUCUCACUUCGGAACAGCCUGAGGUGAGACUCGAAGCUGUCAGGACGUGUUCCAGAUUAUUGAGACUCGCCCUGAGCCAGCCAGGACCCACAGUAACCAACACAGUGUCUGCAGUUCUUGGAAAACUCCUGGUAGUGGGUAUCACUGAUACUGACCCGGAUGUAAGGAUCUCUGUGCUGGCGUCUCUGGAUGAUUCUUUUGACAUUCACCUGGCGCAGGCUGAGAGCCUCUCAGCCCUCUUCGUUGCUAUGAACGAUGAGAUGUUUGAGAUCCGAGAGCUGGCCAUCAGCACGAUUGGCCGACUGAGCACUAUGAAUCCAGCGUACGUGAUGCCAUCACUCAGGAAGACACUUAUACAAUUUCUCACGGAGUUGGAGCACUCGGGGAUGGGAAGAAAUAAGGAGCAAGCCGCCAGGAUGUUGGAUCAUCUGGUAGUCAGCGCUCCUAGGCUUAUUCGUCCUUACAUGAAACCCAUUCUCAAGGUGCUCGUUCCCAAAUUGAAGGAACCAGAACCAAAUCCUGGAGUCGUCCUGGCGAUUCUACGAGCAGUGGGGGAUCUAGCCGAGGUGAAUGGCUCGGAGAUGCAGCAGUGGAUGCCAGAGCUACUCUCGAUCCUCCUGGAGAUGCUGGUGGACGCGAGUUCACCAGAGAAACGAGGGGUAGCCCUCUGGGUUCUUGGGCAGCUUGUCGGCAGCACUGGGCACGUAGUCAAGCCCUACAUGCAGUAUCCCUCGCUCCUCGAGGUUCUCAUUAAUUUCCUCAAGACUGAGCAACAGCCUAUUAUCAGACGAGAGACUAUUCGUGUCCUGGGACUCCUGGGGGCACUCGAUCCUUACAAACAUAAGAUGAAUCUCGGGCAGAUCGACUCGCAGGUGGACAAUCAGUUGACCUCAGUCACUGACACGAAGAGCGACAUAGAGAGCAACCAGGACUUGACCACCAGUGAAAUGCUCGUGAACAUGUCGUCUUCAAGUCUCGAGGAGUACUAUCCAGCGAUUGCCAUCGCCACAUUGAUGAGAAUAAUCAGGGAUCCAACUCUCGCACAACACCAUACGAUGGUGGUCCAGGCUGUGAUAUUUAUAUUCAAGAGUCUGGGGAUCAAGUGUGUCCCCUAUAUCUCCCAGGUGAUGCCCAGUUUACUGAACGUCGUGAGAACAGCAGAAGUCAACUUCAGGGAAUAUCUUUUUCAACAGCUGGCAAUUCUCAUCGCAAUUGUCAAACAACACAUCAGAAAUUACCUCGACGACACCUUCAACCUCAUCAAAGAAUUUUGGACUGUCAACAGUUCCCUCCAGAGUACAUUAAUCCUCCUGAUUGAGCAUAUUGCAGUGGCACUCGGUGCAGAAUUCAAGAUCUAUCUCCCCCAGUUGAUGCCCCAAAUUCUGAGGGUGCUAACUCAUGACACGAGUAAAGAUCGAAGUGUCACUGUCAAGCUUCUCCUUGCCCUCCAAAAAUUCGGAAAUAAUCUCGACAAUUAUCUUCACCUGGUGCUACCACCGAUAGUCAAGCUCUUCCACGCAUCCGACUGCCCAAUAACUGUCAACAGAGUUGCCCUGGAGACUGUGGAUCACCUUGCAGACACUCUGGACUUUACUGAUUUCGCUUCCAGGAUUGUUCACCCCCUGGUGAGAACGCUGGAUCAGUGUCCAGAGUUGAGGGGUACAGCGAUGGAGACCCUGUGUGCUCUGGUGAUCCAACUGGGCAAGAAAUAUCAGAUAUUCAUCUCUCUCGUUCAAAAAGUCAUGACAAAACACAAGAUCGUUAAUUCUCAGUACGACAUCCUGGUGGAUAAGAUCCUUACAGAGACGUCGAUGGUCGAGGGAGACGAUUACCUCCUGAUGAGACACAGAAAUUCGAGGAACAAGAACAGGGACUUAUCCCUGACGUCGUCAGACACAACGAUGAUCAAGCGUCUGCACAUGUCGGCCUCGAACUUGCAAAAAGCCUGGACAGCUAUGACACGAGUAUCGAAAGACGACUGGUUGGAGUGGUUGAGGUCCUUGUCGAUAGGUCUCCUGAAGGAGUCACCCUCUCCAGCUCUGCGAUCCUGUUGGGCUCUCGCACAAACGUAUUCCCAGCUUCCCAGGGACCUCUUCAACGCAGCAUUCGUUUCCUGCUGGUCAGAACUAACCGAUCCCUACCGGGGUGAAUUAAUCCAAACCCUCCAGCAGGCACUGAUGAUCCCAGACAUUCCAGAAAUAACCCAAACAAUAUUAAAUCUCGCUGAGUUCAUGGAGCACUGUGACAAGGGUCCCCUUCCCCUGGAUAAUAAGAUCUUAGGAGAGAGGGCGAUGCACUGUCGAACCUACGCUAAAGCCUUGCAUUAUAAAGAGGACGAAUUCCACAAGAGUAGAAACAGCAGUGUCUUCGAGUCCCUCAUCUCCAUAAACAAUAAACUCCAGCAGAAGGAGGCAGCGGAGGGUCUCCUGGAGUACGUAAUGAAUCAGGAUAAUCAACAGGACCUGAAAGUUCAGGUUCGUUGGUACGAGAAGCUCCACAACUGGGAUAAAGCCCUUCACCUCUACAAGGAGCGUCUGGAGACAGAUCCAAGCGAUGUGGAGUCGACCCUCGGGGAGAUGAGGUGUCUGGAGGCUCUGGGGGAGUGGGGUCAGCUUCAUGACGUUGCAACACGUCAGUGGUCUCAUCAGACCGAUGAGACGAAGCAGAGGAUGGCGAGAAUGGCUGCAGCAGCUGCCUGGGGUCUGGGCCAGUGGGAGAGCAUGGAGAAAUACGUGGGGCUUGUGCCCAAGGACUCUCAGGACGGUGCAUUCUACCGAGCAGUUCUGGCAAUUCACAAUGAUCAGUACAACGUUGCCCAUCAGCUGAUAGAUAGUGCACGUGAUCUCCUGGAUACUGAGCUGACGGCGAUGGCUGGGGAGAGUUAUCAACGUGCCUACAAUGCGAUGGUGGAGGUCCAGAAAUUGGCUGAGCUCGAGGAAGUGAUUCAGUAUAAAUUGGUACCUGAGAGACGUCACACGAUUAAAUUCAUGUGGUGGGAGAGGCUCCAGGGAGGCCAGCGGAUCGUCGAGGACUGGCAGAAAAUAAUCCAAGUGCACACACUAGUUGUGUCCCCCCAGGAUGAUAUGUACACGUGGCUCAAGUACGCAAGUCUCUGCAGAAAGAGUGGAAGCCUCCAGCUGUGCCAUAAAACUCUAGUCAUGCUGCUGGGGGUCGAUCCCUCGAAGACUCCCAAUGAUCCACUGCCCACUCAGCAUCCCCAGGUGACGUUUGCCUACUGCAAGCACAUGUGGAUGGCAAAUAAAAGGGAAGAGGCUUACAAUCAACUGAAACUCUUCGUUGACAAUUCCCUCCAACCCGCAGCUGUUGCUGUUACUGGUCUCAUCAGCCAGGGUGACGAUUCUCUCCAUCAGCAGUCUCAAGAGCAGGCUGAAGCCCACAGACGGCUGCUAGCGAGGUGCUACCUGAAAUUAGGGGAGUGGAUGGAGUCCCUCAAGGGAAUCAACGAGACGUCAAUUCCAGCUGUUCUAUCGUACUACAGUGCAGCCACCGAUCACGAUCCUAGCUGGUACAAGGCCUGGCACGCCUUCGCCUACACCAACUUCGAGACUGUUCUCUUUUACAAACAUCAGCAGAGUGAUCCCGGGGUCCAAGAGACGAGGGAGGGAAAUGGCAGUACGAAUGGCUCGAGGGUAUCUCUACCAAAUGCUCAGUAUAUAUCUCGAUUUACAGUGCCUGCUGUCAAGGGCUUCUUCAAGUCCAUAAAUCUGUCCCAUGGGAAUUCCCUUCAGGAUACCCUGCGACUUUUAACCCUGUGGUUCGACUAUGGACAGUGGCCGGAGGUGUACGACGCAAUCGUCGAGGGUAUCUGCCUGAUCGAGAUCAAUACGUGGUUGCAAGUGAUACCCCAGCUGAUUGCUCGGAUUGACACACCGAGGGCACUCGUCGGCAGAUGCAUCCACCACCUGUUGAUAGAUAUCGGUAAAUCCCACCCUCAGGCAUUGGUCUAUCCUCUGACAGUCGCCUCGAAGAGUGCUAGUGUGGCACGAAAAACUGCAGCCAAUAAAAUUCUGAAAAAUAUGGGAGAACACAGUCCAACUCUAGUGCAACAAGCGAUUAUGGCGAGCGAUGAGCUUAUCCGGGUGGCAAUUCUCUGGCACGAGCAGUGGCACGAAGCCCUCGAGGAGGCCAGUAGACUGUACUUCGGUGAGAGAAACGUCACAGGGAUGUUCGAGACCCUGGAGCCCCUCCACAAGACACUGGAGCGAGGCCCCGAGACCCUGAAGGAGACCUCUUUCAAUCAGGCAUACGGUAGAGACCUGAUGGACGCACGCGAGUGGUGUCACAGGUACAGGGUCUCCGGUAAUGUGAGAGAUCUCAAUCAAGCCUGGGACCUCUAUUAUCACGUCUUCAGGAGGAUAUCCAGGCAGCUGCCCCAGUUAACUAGUCUAGAAUUGCAGUAUGUGAGUCCGAAGCUUCUCCUCUGCAGGGACCUCGAGCUCGCCGUACCUGGGAGCUACUCCCCAGGUCAGCCCAUCGUCAGAAUCCAGAGUAUCCACAGCUCGAUGCAGGUGAUCACCAGUAAACAGCGACCCAGAAAGCUCUGCAUCAGAGGGAGCAAUGGAAAGGACUAUAUGUUCCUGUUGAAGGGCCACGAGGAUCUCAGGCAAGACGAACGAGUGAUGCAGCUCUUUGGGCUGGUGAAUACACUCCUCCUCCACGACCCUGACACCUUCAGGAGAAAUCUUACGAUUCAGAGGUACGCUGUCAUACCCUUAUCUACGAAUAGUGGACUCAUCGGUUGGGUGCCUCAUUGUGACACUCUGCACACUCUGAUAAGGGAUUAUCGGGAUAAAAAGAAGAUCCUCUUGAACAUCGAGCACAGGAUCAUGCUGAGGAUGGCACCAGACUACGAUCACUUAAUGCUCAUGCAGAAAGUCGAGGUGUUCGAGCAUGCAUUGGAGCACACCCACGGAGAUGAUCUCUCCCGUCUUCUCUGGCUCAAGUCACCGUCCAGCGAAGUCUGGUUCGACAGAAGAACUAAUUACACCAGAUCACUGGCAGUGAUGUCGAUGGUGGGGUACAUCCUUGGACUUGGGGAUCGACAUCCCUCGAAUCUCAUGCUGGAUCGCCUCAGUGGAAAAAUCCUACACAUUGACUUCGGCGAUUGCUUCGAGGUGGCAAUGACCAGAGAGAAAUUUCCUGAAAAAAUCCCCUUCAGGCUCACCAGGAUGCUGAUUAAUGCGAUGGAAGUGACUGGCAUUGAGGGCACGUACAGGAGAACCUGCGAGUCAGUCAUGUCCGUUCUCCAUAGAAAUAAGGACAGUCUGAUGGCUGUCCUCGAGGCAUUUGUUUAUGAUCCUUUAUUGAAUUGGAGACUGAUGGAUAAUGCUGCACCCAAGGGCACGAGGUCUGACGCCCAGAGCAUGACCACUAGCAGCAGUCAGGAGCACGGGGAUAUCCUCGAGUCACUGACUUCCACUCUUCCGAAAAAAGGGGUUGGACCCUGCAGCAUUGAGAAUGGAGGGGACACCAAUCAGCCUGAAGCCCUCAAUAAAAAGGCUCUCGCCAUCAUCACGAGGGUCAGGGAUAAAUUGACAGGAAGGGAUUUCCUUCAUGAAGAAACUCUCAGUGUCCAACGACAGGUCCAACUGCUCAUUCAACAGGCAACCAACAACGAGAACCUGUGUCAGUGCUACAUUGGAUGGUGUCCAUUCUGGUAAUUAUGGGAUGGCAAGGGCUCAACAAUGCAUUUCUGCAAUUUAAAAUGCUUUAUUCGAAUUAUUUUCUACUGUUAUCUCACGAAUGCUGUAUAUAGUACAAUGUCAAUACGCGGUUUUGUAUAUAGUUACAGUUGUAUUUGUAUUAAGCUUGUAAUUUAGGUGAAUAUUUGUGUAAUUUGGAUAAUAUUGUAACGGAUACGUGGAAGAAUCGAAUUUAUGAGUGAAAAGGUGAAAUAAUCUAGAGUCUUUUUGAAAACUUCAGCACCUUGAUAUACGAUAUUUUCUCAGAUAAAUGAGUGAUCGCCAUAAAAUAUUCACAAUUUCACUGAUAAAUUGCCCGAAGGCUAAAAUCGAACGAUAAACGAGUCAUAUAAUUUUCCCAUCGAAAGAUGAAUAAAUCUUCACGAAAGAUCAA